AGCGAGCUGCGUGGGCUAGUGCCAAGGCGCUUGUGUUUCGGGGCCUUGUGCUGGCACCGGGGGCGCCGGGUUGGCGACUUUGGCACUCCUGGCGUUGGGUGGGCGGCAUCGUGCCCGUGGGCGCUGGGGUCAGCGUCGCGGCUUUUCCGGACGUUCGUCGGCCAGGAGGAAGGGCAGAAAGCACAUCCCGGAAAGGUGGAAGGACUAUCUCCCAGUUGAACAGCCGAUGCCUGGGACUCGUUUCCUUGCUUUCAAAGUUCCUUUAAAAAAGUUUUGAAAAGAAUCUUGCUCCAGAAGAAUGAUUUUCCCUCUUGGACCUUUUUUAACAAACUCCAAGAACAGAAUGAAGAACUUGGGCUAAUUAUUGACUUAACAUAUACUCGCCGCUAUUAUAAGCCAGAGGACUUACCAGCAACUAUUCCUUAUUUAAAAAUUUGUACAAGUGGGCAUCAGGUGCCAGAUGAAGACACUAGUGUUAAAUUCCAGUGGGAAUUUAUAUGGGUUUCUGAAAGAAAAUAAAGAUAAUGAUAUUUGAUUGAUGUAGAAGGCAUGUGGCCAGAUGAUGCAAUUGGAUACUGGUGUUUUAUCCUUGCAAGUUCUCCGUCGUUCCAUAAGAGAGCUGCUCUUCUUCUGGUUUCAUAACAGAUGGUGAACAGUGUUAAAAUAUCCAGUUUACCUAAAUUUCUAGAGUACACUUCAGGGAGCGAAUGAUGGGGUGGGAUGUUGGGGCAGAGUGAGAGAUACAGACUCUGGCGAGACUGAGAGUCAUUCACAAAAAUUACUGGGCUGUGGUGAGGGGAGAACAAAAAUAAAUCAGGUUCCUGCUGGUGGACAGGAAGCCAAAAUGAAGAAGAAUGGUGCGUAGCCGGGCAGUGUAAUUAGGCUCAUAAGUGCUGUGUCUUCUGAUAGUAAUUAUGAACAGAAACCAACUAAUAAUUACAAAUAACAUGUAGGUGACCAAUCCUUGAGAGCUGAGGCAGAGAGAAGGAAAGAUGGCAUUAUACCUUGUCUCUGGUUCAUUGAGUUUCCCAGGCUGGUUGGUGACCAAUCGUGGGUGAAAUCAUAACUAAAUCAUUUUUGCUAAGGUGAUCAGCUUUCGUGGGGUCGUUUCCCUGAACUCUGUACAAUGAUAAAGCCCACUGGUUUAUGCCUCCUGGAAAAGAGUUAUUUCAAAACAGUAUAAGUGAAGCAUUGAUGAAACAGCCAUGAGGAACACGUUUCCACAUGGCCUCACACCUCCUUUUCAACGUGCUUUAAAACUUUUUUCAUCCAAAAAUCAAUAAAAGAAAAGGAUUGGGAUCAUAUCCCAUACAGAGGUAGUGUAAGAAAAAAGAGAAUAAGGAGCAGAAUAGCAUCUCUUCAGACAAUAAAAUCAAGUUGGAAAAGACAGGUCCACAAAACAGAUCAAAACUGUAACCUAUUAUUUCAAAGUGGGCUAAAAGAUGCUAAGAAAAACAGUGGAAAAGAUGAAAGAACAUGGAUCAAGGAGGGAAUGGGAAGUUACUGUUUAAUGGCUCUAGAGUCUCUGUUUGGGAUGGUGAAAAAGUUCUGGAAAAGGUAAAUGCUGAUAAAUGCCACCUAUGGGUGUUUGGUUUUAGUUGAUCUUCUUCCAUGAAAGGGUUUGGAGAGAUUCAGAAACUAUGCUGCUGCCUCCAUCUUUCUGAGGUCCUGCUCAAUCUUUAGACAUAAUUAUUUUGAAUUUGAAUAGUGGUGAUGGUCGCACAGCAUUGUGAGUGUAUUUAAUGUCACUUAAUUGUAUACUUGAAAAUGGUUGAAGUACUAAAUUUUGUUUUAUGUAUAUUUUACCAUAAUUUAAAAAAAAAGAUGAAGGAACUGCGUAAACCAGAAUAUUAGGUAAGAUGAUAGAACUCAGGACAGAAUUCAAAAUAAAAGAAAAAAAAUUCAGAAAUGAGGACUAAAUUUAAAAUAAUACAAGAGUGGGGACUUCCUUGGUUGUCCAGUGGUUAAGAAUCUGCCUUCCAAUGCAGGGGAUGCAGGUUCGAUCCCUGGCUGAGGAACUGAGAUCCCCCAUGCCGCAGGCCAACUAAGCCCGCACGCCGCAACUACUGAGCCCACGUGCUGUGGAGCCCACGCGCCACAACUAGAGAGCCCACGAGCUGCGAGGGAGAGCCCCCGCGCUGCAACGAAGAGCCCACAUGCUGCAACUAAUACCCGACACCGCCAAAAGUAAAUCAUUUAAAAUCAUACGAGUGAAUGAACAUAAUGCCUUAAGAGAAACAAACAGGAAAAGGAAAAAUUUUUUUGAAGAUAAAAAGGAUUUUAGAGAAAUGGAAAACAUAAAAGAUAGGCAAAAACGAGCCAGGACAGCUCUGAGAAAAGUAAUAUAAAUAUGUAUAAGAAUCUAUUAUACCAUAAAAGUGACAUUUCAAAUCAGUGGGACAGAUUAGUCAAUAAAUUGUGAUACAUACACGUUGAGGUAUAAAUAGUUCUCUGGAAGGAUCCACAGCAUGGCAAAAGCAGAUGUCUCUGAGGAGGGAAAUGUGUGGCUGGGGCACGUGGGGAAAAGGGUGACUUUUCGUUGAAUACCCUUGUGGACCUUUUCUAAUGUUCUGUCAUGUGAAUUUAUUACCUCUGAAGUUCGCCUGAGUUCAAACCCCAGUUCCCCCAGUUGCUAGCUCUUAAUCUUGGGCAAACUCUUCACACUCUCCAAGCCUCUUUAUCUGUGAAAUAAGGUCAGUAACUUAGCCUGGUGCUGCCUGGCACAGAAUAAACUGUCAAUAAAUGGAGAUUAUUAGUGUAAAAGACCCAAAUGCCCAUGAAUGGAUAAAUGGAUUUUUAAAAUGUGGUGUAUUUGUGAAAUAUUAUACAGUCAUAAAAAGGAAUGAAGUACUGACACAUGCUACGACAUGGAUGAACUUGAAAACAUUAUGCUAAGUGAAAGAAGCCACACACAGUGGUCCCAUUUGUAUUAUGUCAUGAAAUGUCCAGAAAAGGCAAAACCAUAGCAACAGAAAGGAAAUUAAUGGUUGCUGGGACUGAAGGAGGAGGGGAUGAAGAGGGCCUGCUGAUGGUUAUGGGGGCUUCUUUGUGGGGUGAUGAAAACGUGAUGGGUUAGAUGACGGUGAUGGUUGCAUAGGCUUGUGAAUGUACGAAAUGACGCUGAAUUUGCAGUUUCAGACGGUGAGUGUUAUGGCAUGUGAAUGACAUCUCAAAAAAUUAAUGUUGAAAAUGAAAAUUGCCAGUUUUCCCAUGGUCACUAUCCACUAUCCACUGUCUCCAUCUCUCCAUUCUCCCCACUGCAUUCCUUUUGACGCCCACCCCUGCCGCUCUCUCCCAUCCUCACUCCCUCGACCUGCCCCACAAGGCCUCCCAGGGAGCCCGUGAACCGCUGGGCGCCUGGGUCCUGUGGCUGUUGGAGCGGCUGCCCAGUGUGCGUGCCCCCACCGCUCUCACCCGUGAGAGUGGACGCUUCCGUCGGAUUUUUCUCGUGCGUUUCAGUUGAUGGUGAUGUUUACAGAAGGCGGCAUUGCCCUGGUCAAUGGAGGAAGCCCCUCAAGAUAAUAUUUAGGCCUGUCCAGAAGUUUGAUCUCAUCCACCAGUAACCUCAGGAUGCUGUGCUCUGAAAGCCAGGUUGGCCGCCUCCGGGCACUUGCAGAUACUGAGGACUUUGGAGGCAUUUGGGCCUGCAAUUGAGGCCUUGUACCUCCACAUGCGACGUGACCUCAGCCCUUUGCUGCACCUCUCUAAGUGAAGUGGCACAGGAAUACUGGCCUUGCCUGUCGUUGCCAGGAUUAACUGAGUAGUGCAUUAGCUGCCCUGGUGCUUAGGUGUGGAGUACAUGGUGAUUUACAUACCAGGCCCUACUCGUGGGCCUCCUGAUGCAGCAGUUCCUUGGCUGUGCCCCUGUCGUCAGCUGCCCCUAGGAUAACUCUGAGCCCUAGCCACCUCUCUGGUAGAUUUCCUAUCCCCCCACUAUAAUCACACCUGGGUAAGGCAACUCAAACCUUUCAGAGAUGUGUGCUGAACCUCCUGUUUUCUUAAAUACCUAUCUGGUGGUUGUGAGACUUAAGGCCAACCUCCCCAAGAGACUUUUUCUGUUUCUCCUAGUAAACCUAGACUCACCUUCUGUCAUCUUCAACUCUAUUCAAAUUUUGUUCUUUCACCCCUGCCUGACCUCUGACCCUGCUUUUUACUUCUGCCAUUUCAUCCUCACUCCUGCUUCCUUUCAUAAAUCCAUAAAUGCCUUUUGGCCUUCCUAGCCCUGGGCCAAGUUCCUUUCUCUUUCCUCUGUUUUUACCCCUUUCCUUCAUUCUCCCAUCCAACUUUCAGUCCUUCCUUUCUCAUGCAGACUUUGAUUCCAACCCCAUCAAAAAACAAAAACAAAAAACACAGCACAGUUAGCAGCAUCUCAAAAUUCAAAAGUUUUAUUACUCACCUAUGAAUUCUAUUACAUUUAUUUAUUCAGUUUUAUUGUUUUAAAAUAUAUCAAAAUAAAUAGAGAAAUUUAUACCUGUCUUAUCUGUAUAUGGAAGAGCAGCUGGUCCCCAAGGUGGCACCAACACUCCUAGCAGCUCUGACUUUACAUAUCCGUAGUAGUCAGCAAUUUCCAUUUCUUUUUCCCUCUCAAUGAAAAAUUGCACUUUCCCCAAAGAGGUGUAUUUGGCAGCAAUACGUUCUUGUUGAGCCCGUCUCUUCAUGGCCUCCCGCUCUGGCCUCUGCUCGUGUUCAAUGGGCUUUGACAUUACUGGCUCAGGAACAUUGGGUUCCCUCCAUGGAACUGGUUGCUCGCUGAAGUCUUGCAGUAGAAAUGGGGUUUGGAGCUUGGGUGGGGACUGGCGCUUAGUCACAGCAGGGGGAACAGGCUACCACUGGAGAGAAGUGCAAGAUGAAGUUCCGUAGGGUGCAGGCCUAGGAGCAGCAGACUGAGGGACACUAGGCUGCGUAUGGUCGGUCCAAGCCGGUUGGGUUGGUUAGUCAUAGUUGGCUGAGAUGGUUUGGCAGGACCUGGCAAAGAGGCAGGAGCUGGGUGGGAUGAACUCACUGCAGGAGGUUGAGCUGAGUUAGUAAAAACAGGCCGGGCACACUCAGCCACAGCAGGCCGAUGAGAGGCCAGAGACUGUGGCCUCCGAGGAGCAGGUCGAGAUUGAGGCUUGUCCCAGGCAGAAAACGGCAGAGGUAUCAACUUGACCUUCCCAGGAGGCGGCAGCUCCUACUGGGAUGGAGAUGGACACUGUUUUCCAGCACUGCUGUCUGGUUUCUGGGCUUCGACUUGAGUUUUCUCAGGACUCUUACCCUCACGUGGGGUAUACCUCCAUGGCUGGAUAGCUGGGGGUGUUUAGGGUUGCUUGAAUUUCCCAAGACCCGACAGGAAGAGAGCCCAGUUUUCUUAUCAUUCUUCUCCCCCAGUGCAUGAAAAACCUUCACAGACGCCAGCCUGCACAUGCCUAGGGAGGUUCGAGGCUUUUUAAAGCUCUCUUGGAUAAGCUCAGUUUGCUGCUUCCUUCGCUUCGUCUGGGGAAUUGUUGGCUUCUCUUCUGCCUUGACUUUGUUCCCUGACUGCUUUUUCUCAUCAGCCUUCUUCCUUCGUUUGGUCCUUGAGGUGCUUUCCUGCCCGUGGCUCUGAGUAUUGCUGAUCUUUCUGGAUGCAGCUUUCUGAGGUUUGCCUUUGGAAUGCUUGGCCGUGGUCACAGGAGCGCUGUCCCUGACUGCAGCAUGGCAUAGAAGCACUUCUCCCCCUAGCAGGCACUCUGGAUUCUUUGGCUGGAUUUUGGCCUUGGGAGCACCACUGAUAGGCUCAGAGGCUUUAUGUUUGUUCUUCCUGGGUUGAGCAGAGGGAACCUUUAUGACACUUGGCUUUUCCUGCACCUGAUUCACCUUAAAGGCUCUGAUUCACCUUAAAGGCUCUGAGUGUCUUUGGCUUUGAUCCUGUUGGGACCUUUGGAUCAAGAUCUUUCAAAGAAUUAAAGAGCUGGGGAAGGUGAAUAUCCUCCGCCAGUGUAGUAAUGUCUGCAAAACCACUGCUAGAUUCCAUCCCAUUUUCAGGUGUCCAUAGGUCCUCAAGACUCAGGCUGUUCUUUCCCAGAUCAGCAUUUUCAGAAGCAGGCUGCUCCUCUUGGCUAAGGGGAUGCAUCAGUGCAGGCCAGGAGCUGCUGAAUAUCAGGGAUUUCUAAAGGGAGUAGUGGAGGCUCUUGGUUUUCUCUUGGGAUCUGUAGGCAUCCAGAGGCUUUGAAAGCUUGGUUUUCAUAUCCUCCAAGUGCUCACUCUCUAUUUGUCCCUGGCUUGGAGCUGGAGGCAGGGCCAGGAGACUACUGGCGCUCUGGACUGGAGCUGUCCCUGAAAUGUCCCCAAGUUCAGGUGGUGGGUUACUCUCAAGUAUCUGGAUAUUUCUGCUCCUGCAGGGCCUGGGGAGUUCUUGAGUUUGUGUCACACAAGAUGUCUGGCUUGGAGGUUGCAAUCCCAGGGAAUUUUUCAUCACCAGGGAAGUCUCCAUCCCUACAAAGGAAUCAAGGUAGAAGUCAGUCCCUGGUAAGUGAGAUGCUCCCCCUAAACACCAACACAGCACUCAUGUACCUUUCAAGGUACAUGAUUGAUGUGUUGGUGUUUAGGGGCAAGAUGGGCAAGGCAUUUCUAGUAACUCUUCUUAAGGAUCACGGACAGUGCCCUAUGCUACGAGAUAAGGGGUGACUGUUGUAAUUCUUACUGGUGAUCAUUUCAUGUCACCGAUUCUUGGCUUUCUUUGUAUUUCCUAGGAUUGUUCAAAGUCAAAUAAAAAAUGAGUCUUAUUUUUUAAAGAAACGAAAUGUUUUACAAAGCCUAGCAUUCUCUUAUAGAGUCCUUUCAAUUCUCCCCACUUUCCUGAGAGGCUAAGAACACUUCACACCAUGAACUAGGAGAGGGAGUAGAGCCCUUCCUGAUGAAAUAAAUAAACAAGGACAGAGUCUUAGCCUGCUUGCUCUGGACAGGAUCCCGGACCACAAGGUCUUAAAUCCUGGUAUAAAUUAGGGAAGUGAGGACAGUUAAACUGGCACUAUGAUAACAAGAGUUCUGAAACACCUUCCAAAGAGACUGUGGCAGUAGAUCAGGGAAGGGAGUGAUACAGUGUGGGAGUACAGGGGGAAUGAUCGGCUGCAGCAGUGAAAAAUGUGGUACCUCUUGGUAUGCUCUCGGGGUUCUUGUACAUGCAGCAUAGAUGACAUUUAGAGUGUCCCUCCCACCUUCCAACCUGAAUUAGGUGUUCUUUUUUAAAAAUUUUAUUUUUAUUUAUUUAUUUUUGAACUUACUUAUUUUAUGUAUGUAUUUGUUUGGCUGCACUGGGUCUUCAUUGCUGUGCACGGGCUUUCUCUAGUUGCGGCUAGCGGGGGCUACUCUUGGUUGCGGUGUGCAGGCUUCUCAUUGCGGUGGCUUCUCUUGCUAUGGAGCACGGGCUCUAGGCGCGUGGGCUUCAGUAGAUGUGGCUCACGGGCUCUAGAAUGCAGGCUCAGUAGUUGUGGCACAUGGGCUUAGUUGCUCCACGGCCUGUGGGAUCUUCCCUGACCAGGGCUCGAACCCGUGUCCCCUGCAUUGGCAGGCGGAUUCUUAACCACUGCGCCACCCGGGAAGCCCUAGGUGUUCUUAUAUAGAGUCUAAACCAGAGAGCCCUGUGUGAAGGUAGUGGUUAUUAAAGGCUCAGGAUCUAAAUUCUACCUGUCUGUACACCACUUCCCAGCUGUAGAUUUGACCCCACUUUUGAAUGCUGACCUCAUUGUUCAACUUUCUUGCUGUUUGUACUCACCUUGAAAACUUGUUUCUGUGACGGGUUGAGCAGACACAGGGCAGUAGAUUCCAGAGGUGGAAGCUGGUGGUUGGAUAUUUGUGGGCUGAAUCUCCUUUAGUACCAUAACCACUUUUGGUUGCACAGAGACCUUACUUCCUGUGUAUGACACAGAGCCAUAGGGUUGCAGGCAGGAGCCAAGUUCUCCAUUCAGUAAAGACCCCAAUGUGCCUUGGUUAUAGUAAUAUACCUGGCUUCCUUCCUGGUACGGAAGUGACAGGCUGUGUCCCUGAUUUGGAAUCUGAGAUGGUGUUCCCUGAGCAAGCCUGGCAGAAGGUGAUGGAUAUAGAGGGACCAUGUUAUUGGUGUCUGCAGUUUUAUCAUACUGGGCUGCCAUAAACAUGGAGGAAGCAGCUGUGUGCUGGUCAGUGACUGCCAGAGUAAAGUCUCCGAGUGAAGGAGAAUUCUUUUCGGUGCUUCCUGUGAUGUCCCAGUCAAGAACACCCGGAUAGGAAGCAGCUGAAGUGGAGGUCUGGCUCUGGUCAGUAACUCCAGAUAACAUAGUUGUGCUAGACUGUUGGUGAAGGUAGGCGCUACACAUGAGUGUCUGGAAAGAGGUACCAGUAGCUGAUGCCGAACUGACGGCAGGAGCAGAGACUCUGGAGAAGUUGCAGACACUUCCUGUUAGGGAAGUUGCAUUGCUCACCCCAGGAAGAGAGUGCUGCAGAGAAUUCAGAGUUCCAAGUCGAGAUGGAUUUUGGAAAUUUUCUGUAAGAACAAGAGGGUAAUGAAAACAUCAGGGAGAUUGAUAAAUUCUCACUAUGUUUGAGGAACAGCAUUAUCUUAAGUUUCUUGCUAUCCAGACACCUGUAAUGUCAAUACUUACUGAGAAACCAAAAAUCAGACCGUUAUGAUGGUUGCAAGGACUGAGCAGUUUUACAGUCUUCUGUAUUAGCUGCCUGUGCUCCCAUGUUGGGCACAGAUGGGCAGAAGACCCAAGUGGUAUGGUUCAGACAUUGUUCUCUAGGCUGGAAGCAACUUUCUCCCUGACCUAUCUUUCCUUUCAGCCUGCACUAGUAUGGACUUCUAUGCUGUUUCCUAGACUGGGAGCAUUUUAGAACUAGGAGGUCCUUAGAGAACUUCUGUUUUCACAGUCUCAUUUCAUGAGGAAGGAAAUUGAGGCUCAGAGAGGUCGGGCUGACUUGUUCAACUUCUCUCAUUAUGUUAGUAUCCUUACCAGAUUUCAGAACCUAAGUAUCCUGACUUGCUUGCCAGGACACUAUUCUGAGCAUGAUACUGCCAGAAAGCAGGAGAAAUAGAACUUAUAAUAUAGGCAUUUUUUUCGUCCGUUAGAAAACAGUACGGCUAUUACCAUUGGAAUCUUCAGUGUCUCACUUUGCUUGUGCAGUUCCCACGCUAUUACCUAGAGUUCACAUACAGCUCAGUCCAACUGGUAAAUUUAAAGAGUCAUUUCUACCCUCUUCAAUCCUGGAGGUUGAGCUGAGUUAGUAGAAACAGGCUGGGCACACUCAGCCACAGCAGGCCGAUGUGAGGCCAGAGACUGUGGCCUCCGCGGAGCAGGUCGAGAUUGAGGCUUGUCCCAGGCAGAAAACGGCAGAGGUAUCAACUUGACCUUCCCAGGAGGCGGCAGCUCCUACUGGGAUGGAGAUGGACACUGUUUUCCAGCACUGCUGUCUGGUUUCUGGGCUUCGACUUGAGUUUUCUCAGGACUCGUCUCCUCAGGUGGGGUAUACAUCCAUGGCUGGAUAGCUGGGGGUGUUUAGGGUUGCUUGAAUUUCCCAAGACCCGACAGGAAGAGAGCCCAGUUUUCUUAUCAUUCUUCUCCCCCAGUGCAUGAAAAACCUUCACAGACGCCAGCCUGCACAUGCCUAGGGAGGUUCGAGGCUUUUUAAAGCUCUCUUGGAUAAGCUCAGUUUGCUGCUUCCUUCGCUUCGUCUGGGGAAUUGUUGGCUUCUCUUCUGCCUUGACUUUGUUCCCUGACUGCUUUUUCUCAUCAGCCUUCUUCCUUCGUUUGGUCCUUGAGGUGCUUUCCUGCCCGUGGCUCUGAGUAUUGCUGAUCUUUCUGGAUGCAGCUUUCUGAGGUUUGCCUUUGGAAUGCUUGGCCGUGGUCACAGGAGCGCUGUCCCUGACUGCAGCAUGGCAUAGAAGCACUUCUCCCCCUAGCAGGCACUCUGGAUUCUUUGGCUGGAUUUUGGCCUUGGGAGCACCACUGAUAGGCUCAGAGGCUUUAUGUUUGUUCUUCCUGGGUUGAGCAGAGGGAACCUUUAUGACACUUGGCUUUUCCUGCACCUGAUUCACCUUAAAGGCUCUGAUUCACCUUAAAGGCUCUGAGUGUCUUUGGCUUUGAUCCUGUUGGGACCUUUGGAUCAAGAUCUUUCAAAGAAUUAAAGAGCUGGGGAAGGUGAAUAUCCUCCGCCAGUGUAGUAAUGUCUGCAAAACCACUGCUAGAUUCCAUCCCAUUUUCAGGUGUCCAUAGGUCCUCAAGACUCAGGCUGUUCUUUCCCAGAUCAGCAUUUUCAGAAGCAGGCUGCUCCUCUUGGCUAAGGGGAUGCAUCAGUGCAGGCCAGGAGCUGCUGAAUAUCAGGGAUUUCUAAAGGGAGUAGUGGAGGCUCUUGGUUUUCUCUUGGGAUCUGUAGGCAUCCAGAGGCUUUGAAAGCUUGGUUUUCAUAUCCUCCAAGUGCUCACUCUCUAUUUGUCCCUGGCUUGGAGCUGGAGGCAGGGCCAGGAGACUACUGGCGCUCUGGACUGGAGCUGUCCCUGAAAUGUCCCCAAGUUCAGGUGGUGGGUUACUCUCAAGUAUCUGGAUAUUUCUGCUCCUGCAGGGCCUGGGGAGUUCUUGAGUUUGUGUCACACAAGAUGUCUGGCUUGGAGGUUGCAAUCCCAGGGAAUUUUUCAUCACCAGGGAAGUCUCCAUCCCUACAAAGGAAUCAAGGUAGAAGUCAGUCCCUGGUAAGUGAGAUGCUCCCCCUAAACACCAACACAGCACUCAUGUACCUUUCAAGGUACAUGAUUGAUGUGUUGGUGUUUAGGGGCAAGAUGGGCAAGGCAUUUCUAGUAACUCUUCUUAAGGAUCACGGACAGUGCCCUAUGCUACGAGAUAAGGGGUGACUGUUGUAAUUCUUACUGGUGAUCAUUUCAUGUCACCGAUUCUUGGCUUUCUUUGUAUUUCCUAGGAUUGUUCAAAGUCAAAUAAAAAAUGAGUCUUAUUUUUUAAAGAAACGAAAUGUUUUACAAAGCCUAGCAUUCUCUUAUAGAGUCCUUUCAAUUCUCCCCACUUUCCUGAGAGGCUAAGAACACUUCACACCAUGAACUAGGAGAGGGAGUAGAGCCCUUCCUGAUGAAAUAAAUAAACAAGGACAGAGUCUUUCUGGACAGGAUCCCGGACCACAAGGUCUUAAAUCCUGGUAUAAAUUAGGGAAGUGAGGACAGUUAAACUGGCACUAUGAUAACAAGAGUUCUGAAACACCUUCCAAAGAGACUGGCAGUAGAUCAGGGAAGGGAGUGAUACAGUGUGGUAGUACAGGGGGAAUGAUCGGCUACAGCAGUGAAAAAUGUGGUACCUCUUGGUAUGCUCUCGGGGUUCUUGUACAUGCAGCAUAGAUGACAUUUAGAGUGUCCCUCCCACCUUCCAACCUGAAUUAGGUGUUCUUUUUUAAAAAUUUAUUUUUAUUUAUUUAUUUUUGAACUUACUUAUUUUAUGUAUGUAUUUGUUUGGCUGCACUGGGUCUUCAUUGCUGUGCACGGGCUUUCUCUAGUUGCGGCUAGCGGGGGCUACUCUUGGUUGCGGUGUGCAGGCUUCUCAUUGCGGUGGCUUCUCUUGCUGUGGAGCACGGGCUCUAGGCGCGUGGGCUUCAGUAGAUGUGGCUCACGGGCUCUAUAAUGCAGGCUCAGUAGUUGUGGCACAUGGGCUUAGUAUCUCCACGGCCUGUGGGAUCUUCCCAGACCAGGGCUCGAACCCAUGUCCCCUGCAUUGGCAGGUGGAUUCUUAACCACUGCGCCACCAGGGAAGCCCUAGGUGUUCUUAUAUAGAGUCUAAAACCAUAGAGCCCUGAGCAAAGAUAGUGGUUAUUAAAGGCUCAAACUGAAAGGAUCCAAGGGAAGCCAGGGAGAGCAGAUCUUGCAAUAGAUCCAGCUGGGAGGUGCUGGCCGCUGAGAUCAGAUUUGUACCAGUGGAGGUUUUGAGAAGUAGUUCAGUGAUGGAUAUUAUCCUGCAGGAUGCAGGUGAAAUCAGGUGUUCAGUUUUGAGCAUGUGAAGUUGAUCAGAAAUCCAAGUGAAGAUGUCCUGUAGGCAUGUUGACAGGCAUGAACAUGAUAGGAGCCCAGGGCCUGUCUGUGUUGUAGAUGUAUUAGGAUACAUCAGUGAAGAGACAAUAUUUAAACCCAUGAAAAUAGGUGGAAUCAUCUGGAAAGUGGGUGUUGUAAACAAGGAAGUGUCUGAGGUCAGAGACCUGUAGCACUGCAACAUUUGCCAGUUAGAGGAUGUCAAGGCACCAGCAAAGAAGGCUGGGAAGGUGUGGCCCAUGGGGAGGUGAGUGGAGAGAGAUGCGGUCCAGGAAGCUGGGAAAUCAAGAGGAAGGUGAGAUUCCCUCUGUCAUGUGGUGCCACUAGGUCAAACGUUUGUAUAUAUAUACUUAUGUACAAAAUGUAUAUAUAUAUGUAUGUACAGUAUUAGCCUUCUUAACUUGACGUUACUUCAUGAGGGCAUUUUCCCAUGUAAAUGAUGGUUUAACACUGUUAACAAGAAAUGUAUAUUUGACUUUGCCUGUGCCCGCCCUGAGCCAGCGAUCCUCCAUGCUCCCUGCAUCCAGUGAGAUGCGCUACACACUGAUGGAGCGGACAUGAGCAGAACGAUGGUGGCCAGGCUCCGACUGGGGCUGCUGCUUCUGGUGCUGCUCUUACCUACGCAGAUUUAUUCAAAUCAAACAAUUGUUGUAAAACCUUCAAGUAACCCCUCCCAGAAUAUCUCAGCUGCCCCCAAUCCAGCCAAUGCCACCAUCAUGUCAAGUGAUGAUGCUCCACAGUCAACAGCUAGUCUCUUCAUGAUCUCGGUCUCCCUUCUACAUCUCUGCUGUUAAGAGACUCAGGGCAAGAAGCAUCUAUACAUCCCCAUCUUCUAAACCCAGUUCAAAAGGCGUCUAGACAUCUAGUGUGACAAGGAAAAUAGCAACAACCAGGGCUUCAUUGAAUGAAUCUGCUGAUUUCACACCUUAUUUUAUUGACAGAAAUUGUUGAGGAUCCCACAUUUGAUUGGUUUGAAGAGCAUGUGAAGGGUUUGACUAGAUGAUGAAUGCCAAUAUUAAAGCUGCUGGAGUUUCCUGUACAAGAUGAAGAGAGACAAUAUCCAAAAUUAGUUGAGAUGAUUUUCUUAAAUGUGGCUUAAGAAGUAUGGGCACAUAAAACUCUACCUUGAAAAUGAGAAUAGAUUUUAUCUUACUUAGAGAUAAAGAAUAAGAUGUAGAACAAAGAUUCAGUUUUCAUUUGGUGCCUUAAAUUUAUAAGGCCAUAAAACAAUUGGAUAAAACAGAAAGCUUCCAUGAUUCUCUUUAUACAUACAUUAGAAGGAACUUCCAGGUGUUACUGCAAAUCCUCCAUGUGUUGUUUCAGCAUUACUAACUUAAUGCCGAUGUACUCUAAAUAAAAUUUUAUGUUAAGCUAUCACUGUUCUCUUGGGAACUGAACUCUUUCUUCUGGGGCUUUGUGUUUGACAUUGAAUUUGGAUUAUUAUUUCUUUUUGCGGUACGCGGGCCUCUCACUGUUGUGACCUCUCCCAUUGCGGAGCACAGGCUCUGGACGCGCAGACUCAGCGGCCAUGGCUCACGGGCCUAGCCGCUCUGCGGCAUGUGGGAUCUUCCCGGACCGGGGCACGAACCCGUGUCCCCUGAGUCGGCAGGUGGACUCUCAACCACUGCGCCACCAGGGAAGCCCCAAAUUUGGAUUUUUAUAUAGCCAUUGACAUGUGCCAGCUCAAUGAUGGAUUGGAAUCUACCCCAAAUCCAAGCAUAAUGAGUACAUUUUGCUUAUAUACUUAUCAACUAUUCUUAUUCAAAAAGAGUGCUAGAUUCAUUUAGCUAGACAGAUAACAAAGAGUAGAAGUAUAUUAAUCUCAACUAAUUUCAAAAUGCUUUUUAUUUCUGCAUAGGUUGAAUAAUUUUUACAAUUUAAAAAAUGGUCUGUUUUGAAGGUAAAAUUGACAAAUCUUGAAAUUAAAAAGGUAAAUAUGUGAAGGAACCAAACUGUAAAUCAAAUAUUCGAGAACUGAAGACUGGAAGCUUGCUUACAUUAAAUUCAGAAAAAAAAUUAUACUCUUUUCUGUAAAUACUUCCUUUUAAACUGAAUCAGAAUGGCCAUAUUUGGAACACUUUCUGUUGUCAUUCAAUAUUUUUAGACAGUUGGAACCCGGUCUUAAGCCUAAAGUGGGCUUGAUUUUGGAAAGUAAAACUUCACAACUGCUUUGAUGCACAGAAACCUUUUUAAAAGUAGCCAUUCCCUAAAGUCUUUUGUUCACAUGGUCACACAAUGAUGCUUAGAUGUUCCAAAAUCUAAUAUGGUCACAGUUAACCAAAGUCAUAUUUUUCCAUCUUUAAAAACCUACAUUGGAAUAACCAUAUCCAACAGAUCUCAAGCUACUGUGUGUGUGAAUGAACAUUCUCUUUUGUUUCAUACCUGAAUGCUGUAUCUCUAUUUUGGAUUGUAUAUUGUUUUUUAUUGUAUUUAUGCUUUGAUUUAUAGUAACUUCUCAUGUUAUGGAAUUGAUAUUGUAUUAAACAUAAACUGUAAAUAAAAAGAAGUGGCUGAAAGAGCAAAAAAAUCAA